AUGGAUAAAAAGGAAAAUAAACAGUACACAGCUGAUGAAAUAACGAAAUUGAUAAAUGACAGUGAAAUUUUGAUAGUAUCAUCUGAAGAAACUUUUGCCGAAAGUUCUUUUAAUUGUGACAACCAUUUACAAGAAAAUUUUCUUACAUCUUUUAAUGUGGAAAAUCAAAAAUAUGCCAAUGAAACAGAAAGUUCUUUUGAAAACACAGAUGACGAUUUUAAAAAAAUUUACGAAUCUAGAUUAAGAGGAGAAACUUUAAAGAUUUCAGAACCUGCAAGCUUUUCUCAUCUGUUUAAAAAUAAAAUACAACAGGAAGAUGAAAAAUCUGACCCCGAACGAGCACUUUUAAUAAACCGAAUUCUUAAGGAAAAACUGAUUUCAUUUAAAGUCAAACUUCAAAAUAUUCUUAAAAAGAUAGAUGCUCAAAGUCAGCUCAACAAUGCUUUCCUUGAGCGAUCGAAAUCAUGUGAUAUUAAAGAUUCUCUUCUUUUCAAAACAAGUUACGCUAAAUGUGGUGCACCGUUCUUCAAAGAUGCUUUGGGUACAACAGCUCCAUUCAAUGAGGAUUAUAAAUUUCGUAAACAAUAUCUUAAAGAAUUUUUCCCUUUCGAUGUGCCAACCGUCAACUCGCGAUGGAAGACAAAACACAAAAUUGCACUUAUAAAUGGAGUUAAAAGUCAAAUGAUAAGAUAUAUAAAAUCUCAACAGUCUACAAAGCUUUGUCAAGAUGCAGUUAAAACGAGAGGGAAAUUAAAAACAAUGAAAUUUAUUUCAAAAAAUCAAGAUUUAGAGAAUUCCACAAUGAUGCAAAUAUAUAAAUUAAUUACCUCUGAUUUUCCUAACUUUAUGAUAAAUUGGAAUCUUAUUUCGUUCGAUGAUCUUCAAAGUUCACAUUCUGUGUCGGAAUGUAUGGGAAUGUGGUUCUCAUAUCUUCGUCCAGACCUCAAUCGUGAUGAAUUUAGCGAAGAAGAAAAUCAAAUUUUACAAACUGCUGUAAGAGAAAGUAAAUAUAGUGGAUGGAAUGAAAUUUCAAGUCUUCUUAAUCGUCGUUCAAGUUUGCAAGCAUUUGUUCAUUAUCACACAAUCUUUGCACGUUUAUGUCCGAGUAAAGUGCGAUGGACGGCAGAAGAAGAUGACAUUCUAAUGGCUGCAAUUGAACGAAACUCACAAGCAGAGCUAAUAAACUGGGGUAGAGUUGGUCAAGCUUUGCCUUCACGAAACAGAUUGCAAUGUUAUAAUCGCUAUAAGAUAUUGACAAAAAGUAGUAAAAAGAAAGGCCCAUUCACUCCCAAAGAAAAUCGAAUCAUAAUAAACUACGUAGAGAAAUAUGGUGAAGCGAAGUUUAAUGAGUUCCCAGCUGAACUUCUUCCUGGCCGUUCUUCAAUUUCUAUUAAAAAUCAUUACAAUAACGCUAUGAAACAUAAAGGAAUAAUUCAUCCAUGGACAAAAGAAGAAGACAAAAAGUUGAUGGAAUUUGUGAAAGAAUUAGGAACGGGAAAUUGGACUAACAUUGCUGAUGCUCUCAAAACACAUAAUCGAUUAUCGUGUCGAACACGAUUCCUUACCAUUUCAAAAUAUCUUUCAAGUAAUCCAAAUGCGACACUUGAAGACGUUCCAUCGAGACCAAAGAAAAAUAAUGUAUUUAAAAAGUCAACAACUGUAAAUGUUUCAGAUGACUCUGAAGAUGAGAAGCCAUCAAAAUCAUAUUUACGAACUCAAAGUGCUACCCUUGAAGCUUAUAAAAAAGCUAAUCCAGUAAUGUAUAACAUGAUGAUGACGACUUACGAUCUUGAUUUUGGAAAUCGAAAUUUAAAUAUCGACAACUUAAUUACUCUUGUGUUGAAAAGAAUGUUAAAUGCAGAAAAUGUUUCAUUCACUGGAUUUAAGAAAAAUAUGAUCACAAACAAACAAAAAUCGAAACUUGAUGAGCUGUCAAAAUAUGAACUCGAUCCAAAGCUUCUUAGCGAAAUGGAAUUCACCACAAUUCACAGUCAGUUUCUGAUGCCUCCAAAUUAUAGUACGGUUGUGGGCUUGAGAGCCAUUGCAAUAAAGCAGCACGAAGAUCCUUUAACGAAAGACAUUCCAGAAGUUGAUAAUCCAUCAGAGAAAUAUCGAACUGCACUUCUCAACUUUCAAAAACUUUUCUUUUCAUUAUUCUAUUGGACUGCAAUGGUCAACAAAGUCAAGAAAACAGAACUUAAUAAAAUAUAUUUCUUGAGACUAUCACAAUUAGAAGCAACACCAUCUCAACUUAUGCUUCAAUUGAAUGAUGAAAGUCCAAUAAAAUCCCCCAGAAAGAAGACAGACAAAAAGUUUUUGAAAAAAGUUAAGAGAGCGAUUGAAGAAGAAUCGUCAACAUCAAGAAGAAUUAAGAAGCAAAAGAUUCAAGAAUGA